AUGAGUGUUGCGUUGGCAGUGCAGUCCUUUGUGCACUGUGAGAAGUCUGUUGUCAUCUAUGGCUUGCACCCCAGCCAUCUGACUGCCAAGCCCCCUUCUCCGCUUCCUGAGGGGACUCGACGUUGUGUGCUACAGUCCUGGUUUUAUCCAGGGAGUAGCGGCGAGUUUGAGCUUGACGAAUCUGGGACUUUCAUGGCUGUAACUGACCUUACGGUUCAGUCUCAGCCCUUACGAGAGGAGGAGACUAAAGCCCAUGACACCUACUUCAAGGCGCCAGUGCAGCCGUUGAGAAAGAACCCUUUCCACUCGAGGAUGGCGUCGCACCGUGGACGGCUUGCUUAUCCGCGUUUGGGCGGCAUCCGCCCGCGCCCCCUAAGAGGCACUCGGCGUCGAGUCAGGGUCCAGAGCGGCGAAGAGGGAGAUGCUGCCUGUCGCGCACGGCCCGGGCGGAACUUGCCCCGGCCUCACCGUCCUCUGCUCUCCUUCCGGGCUCGGUGGUCCGUCUUCGCUGCCGGGAAGCUGGGCUCCCAGCAGCCCGGCCCGGCCUUGCGGAGCCCUCGCCUCCCUUCCCCGCCCGCCUCUUCUUGUUCUCCAGGGUUCGCGCUCCCGGGCCCGGAAGACAUUCUGGCGAAGGGCCUCGCUCCGGCGUGCCUCGCCCAGGCCGCCGACACCCGCGGGUGCCCCCGGGGGCGGUGUCCCCCAUCCUCCGAGGACCCCGCCCCGGCGUCGCCAGGCGGGACCCGCUCCUUCCCUCCUGGCCUUCCGGUUCUAGCCCUUUUGAGGAUGCUGCGUGACGACGGGAAACGGCGGCCGCGGGGCCUUCGGGCGAACUUACUCGAAUUUUUUCAGCAGAUAAUCCAGUACACAGAAGAAUACCGCCACAUGCCACUGCUGAAACUCUGGGUGGGGCCUGUUCCCAUGGUGGCCCUUUAUAAUGCGGAAAAUGUGGAGGUGGUUUUAGCCAGUUCAAAGCAAAUUGACAAAUCUUCCAUGUACAAGUUCUUAGAACCAUGGCUUGGCUUAGGACUUCUUACAAGUACUGGAAACAAAUGGCGUUCAAGGAGAAAAAUGUUAACACCUACCUUCCAUUUUACAAUUCUGGAAGAUUUCUUAGAUGUCAUGAAUGAACAAGCAAACAUAUUGGUUAAUAAACUUGAAAAGCAUGUAAACCAAGAAGCAUUUAACUGCUUUUUUUACAUCACUCUUUGUGCCUUAGAUAUAAUCUGUGAGACAGCUAUGGGGAAGAAUAUUGGUGCUCAAAAUAAUGAUGAUUCCGAGUAUGUCCGUGCAGUUUAUAGAAUGAGUGAUAUGAUAUUUCGAAGAAUAAAGAAGCCCUGGCUUUGGUCUGACCUUUGGUACCUCAUGUUUAAAGAAGGAUGGGAACACAAAAGGAGCCUUAAGAUCCUACACACUUUUACCAACAAUGUCAUCGCUGAGCGGGCCAAUGAAAUGAAGCAAGACCAAGACUGUAAAGGUGAUGACAGGGGCUCUGCCCCCUACAAAAAUAAACGCAGGGCUUUUCUCGACUUGCUUUUAAGCGUGACUGAUGACGAGGGGAACAAGCUAAGUCAUGAGGAUAUUCGAGAAGAAGUCGACACCUUCAUGUUUGAGGGCCAUGACACAACUGCAGCUGCAAUAAACUGGUCUUUGUACCUAUUGGGUUCUCAUCCAGACGUCCAGAAGAAAGUGGAUAAAGAGUUGGACGAAGUGUUUGGAAAGUCCGAUCGUCCUGCGACAUUGGAAGACCUGAAGAAACUUAAAUAUCUGGAAUGUGUUAUUAAAGAGACCCUUCGCCUUUUUCCUUCUGUUCCUUUAUUUGCUCGUACUCUCAGUGAAGAUUGUGAAGUGGCGGGUUACAAAGUUCUGAAAGGCACCGAAGCCGUCAUCAUUCCCUACGCACUGCACAGAGAUCCCAAGUACUUCCCCCAUCCUGAGGAAUUCCAGCCAGAACGCUUCUUUCCCGAGAAUGCACAAGGACGCCAUCCAUAUGCUUAUGUGCCCUUCUCUGCGGGGCCCAGGAACUGCAUAGGUCAAAGAUUUGCUGUUAUGGAAGAAAAGACCAUUCUCUCCUGUGUCCUGAGGCAUUUUUGGGUAGACUCCAACCAGAAGAGAGAAGAACUUGGUGUGGAAGGACAGUUGAUUCUUCGUCCAACUAAUGGCAUCUGGAUCAAGUUGAAGAGGAGAAAUGGAGAUGAAUUUUAACUAUGUUGUACUUUUAUCAUGAAAAGAGUCUUUAAGAGAAACUUGGCAUUUACAAUUUGUAGAUCAUGAAUUCAAUACUCUUAAAUCCCUAGAUCUAAGUUUUGUCCCCACUGAUUUUGGUGUCAAGUCGACCAAAGAAAACGUUUCUGUGUUGUCAUCACCACCAUAGAUAUUACUCUUGGUCCCCAAAGCAGAAUCAACUGAGUCAGCACCCAAAGAAAUGUAUAACAAGUAAACAAGUAUCUCAACAAAGGGAUCCACAAGCCGAUUUAACGUCACCUGGUAGACCCAAGUGGUGAUAGAACUUAAUUGAAGUUCUAGAAUUAUUUUAAGGUAUUCUUGUUGACUCUAGAACAUGUAUAACAUUUUAUAUAUAUAUAUAUAUAUGUUUAUACAUACAUAUAAAAUUUGAAAAGGGUGAAUAAUUAAGUAUUUUAACUGAUGGGUCUUAUGUCUUUUGAAUUAUAUCUGUGGCAUCAGUUCUGAGAAUAUCACAGUACUUUUCGGAUUUCAUCACCUAGAGCAAAUCACUUCUAAGUUGACUCAUAGAUUCUGUAACAGUUUCCCUUUCGCCUGUGUGCUGUAACUUUAUUUCAUUCUUCACAGAAUCACAAUUACCUUUAUGCAUCAUAUUAUGGGAAGAGAGCCCUCUUUGUUCAGGCUCUCCCAGAGCCUCACAGGAUUGAUCAAUUCCUUUAGGAGCUGGAAAGACCUUAGAACUUACUUAGUUAUGCUCCCUUAUAUUAUACAUAAGGAAAUCAGAUCAACAAGAAGGUAGGUGUCUACCUAGAGUCCUGUUACUAGCAGGCGACAGGGCUGGAUGUAGAUAGAGGAGGUCUAUACUCGAAAUCUCUCCAUUCCUGUUCUCAUAUACUUUCUGCUACUAUAUGCUGUUACUUUAAGGAUCUCAGGUCUAUGACUAGAUGUGUCAUUAGAACACAGUUCAUCUUCUGAUUUAGGCAUUUUUUUUCUGUAAUUCUUCUAGGAAAAAAGAAGACACUGUAUUUAGUAACCCAGAAAUAUCUCACUUAGUUUAUCUGUAUUUAGUAACCCAGUAAUAUCUCACUUAGUUUAAGGUUAGACCUUUAAUUAAUUCAAUCCUCCAGAACAUACUUGUCAAGCUGAUAACUGACGCACAUGUCCUGAAUUUUAAUUUGAUAGACAAUACCUCUACUGCCAGUGAUUUUUAGAAACUUCAUUCAAUAAUUUAAACAAGUUUUUUUUUUCCAGUUUUCAUUCAUUCUUAGUAGAAUCACAAUGACCUUAGCUGAGACUCCUCUUGGUAAACUCCAGUCUCUCACAGUGCCUUAUAGGCGUAGUCAGUGUCUUUGGAGUUGGAAGAAGUUUAGAAUUUAUUUGGUUUGAUGAAUAAAGGUAGAAUUUUAAAAAAAGAAAACUUACUUGGCUUAUGCUCCAGAUAGGCAAAAGCAGAUAGAAGCAAGAAAUCUAGAGGGUAGAAUAUGUUUUCUUCAACGGAUACCAAAGGAAGAGAUGAUAAAACCAAAGCCAUUUUUUAAGCACCACAGCCUGGGCCGUUUAGGGUAGGGUCAGAAGUUACCUUUCUAACUAUCUAACUUACUUAACUAUCCCAGAGAGCCCUAGUGCUUACAACUCAGUUGCCAAGCUGAUAAGAAAAAGUCAAUUGGGAAGAUUCCCAUCAAAUGGUUAAUUCUCAUCAAUUUGUUAUCUAGAAAAGGAAUAUAUGUAGAAAACCUCCCAGGUGAUUUUGGAUAAUUAAAAUUGUAUUCAUCAAAAUUGGUGUUAUCUCUCAAUUUUAUGCACUUACAUUUAACCAUGACAUUUAAAAUUUUUUAAUGAUCCUACAUGACAUGUUAAAGUAAAACAUUGCUUAAUGUUAUCUUUUGGCCUAAGAUCUUCAUUUAGCCCCAGAACUAUUUGUUGCUCGUAUUUUAAUUGGUAAUUCAUUUAAACCAUGUCAAAAUAAGCUUUGCAAAAUUAUAUCAUGUUCUUCGGUAUCAAAAUGUGUAUGCUGGUUUUUUAAAUAAGACAAUGAUCGAAUAUCUGUUUGUGUUCCCAUUAACUGUCGUACUCCUGCUUGAAAGAGGUUUCUCAAGAAAAAUAAAUUACAUUUUAGACAUGGGCACUA